AUGAUUCGAUCAUUAGAUAAUAAUACUAUUAGACGUAUUUCCAGUGGACAAGUUAUCACUAAAGUUGAGGAUGUAGUAAAAGAGCUUAUUGAGAAUUCUAUUGAUGCACGAGCGACUUCAAUAGAAGUGAGGUUGGUCGGAGACGGACUUACAUCCAUUGUGGUUAAGGAUAAUGGAAUAGGAAUUCCGGAGAAUGAUAGGCCAGCGAUGGCAUUGAGGUAUCAUACUUCGAAAUUAGAAGAUUUUGGAGGAUUGAGUAAAGUGGAAACAUAUGGAUUUAGAGGCGAAGCCCUUAAUUCAAUUUGCGCUAUAUCUGAGUCUAUGCAAAUAACCACGAAAACUUCUAAUGAUCCAGUAGCCAUAAAUUAUUUACUUGAUCGAACGGGAAAUAUUGUAGAUUCAAAAUCAGUUGGAAUUACUGAAGGAACAACUAUUGUAGUUACAAUGCUGUUUUCACCCGUGCCAGUUCGUAGACAAGCUGCUCAAAAGAAUUCAUCAAAAGUCGGGAAAGCAGUACAAAGCCUUUUAACAAUUUAUGCCCUUGCACAUCCACAUAUUCGAUUUUUUCUCAAACUAAUAUAUGACAAUGCUGCAAAGUUAAAUUUCAAAGCUGGUGAAUGGAUUCUUCCACCAAUGAAAAGCCAAAUACAAUUAUUGAAUGAACUUUAUGGUGUUGAGUUCACCAACAACGUUGGAUUUGUUGUUUGGGAUACUGAUAAAGAAGAGACUUCUGUAGAUAUAGAAAAUGAGGAUUAUGAUAUAUUAGAUGGAUCAAAUGGUACGAAAAGUACAAUCAUAAUUGAAGCCAUAUUACCAAAACCAGAUGCGACACCACAAGUUAUUUUUAAGAAUGGUCAAAGUUUCAUUUACGUUAAUAAUCGUCCUGUGAUUGCAACUAGAGGGGAAAUAAAAAGCAUCGUAUCCAUGGUAAAAUCUACUUACACAGAUAUUGCAUGUAAACAUGGUUGGACAGCAAAUAAAAAGACACCGUUUAUGUGGAUAAAUAUCAAGUUACCAACUUAUGAUUAUGAUAGCGAGUGGAUCUUAAAUGCGAUUAAAAAUAUGUUGAUUAAUGUUUAUGGCAGUUGUCAGAAAGUGUCAUCAGAAAAAGAGUAUAGGGUUCCACAAAUCGAUCCUGCGGAUCCAUCUUCAUCCAAUAAUAAUUUAUCACCAAUUUCUUCCGAGCUACUCUCUUUAACAUCUAGUGAACCGUCAUUGACUGAUGAUACAGUAAUUGAUGAUAUAGAUGAUCAAGGUCAGAAUGUUGUUUCCGAUAAAAGAAAAGGAAAGAUGGUAGAUCAUGGAUCAGUAAUGUCACAAAUGUCAGACCAGGCUACGAAGAAAAAAGUGAAUAAAGAAAAAAGAAAUGAUGUCAAGGCAUCUCGAUCACUUGAAGAAUGGUACAAAAAUGCGCAAACUUCAGAUGUUCCAACCACGUUUUCUAUCUCUAGUCCACCGAGCACACCACCACCACAUACGAAUAAUUUGCAACAUAAAGACCGUAAAGGUUCGAAAAAUACAGUGUCAAACCCUCCACAAAAUGACAUAGCAAGAUUGUCAUAUGAUUCUAUAAACAUUGCGCAUGAUGAAAGUGAAGUUAACGGAGAAUACGGGUUUCCCAAUAGCCAAGGUAACGAAGACUCUAAUCAAAGAAUACAGAGGAAAAAUUACUCAUCAGGUCUUACAGAUUCUACGGAUAGCUCAAAUGUUAGGAGAAGUAGCAUUGAUGAUGGAGGGCACGUACGUAAACGUUCAACGUUGGAUGUUAUGGAAGAUAUUGAAUGCAACAUGCAAGGACAAUUUUAUAAUGAGAAUUCAAGCGAAACUUGUCGCGAUGAUGAAAGCUAUACACAUAAACGUGCAAGAACUGAUGACUCUGAAGAUGUAGUUGAUUCUCAAGGGGCAUCUAUUAAUAGUUGUAAUGCAAUUGGUGACUCUACAAAAACAUCCUCCCCGUUAUAUAAUAAUAAUAAAAGUCAAACAGAAACUCGUACAGAAUUUGAGAAGGAUCACGAGUCAAUUUCCACAAAUAUCGUAAAUGUUUGUGAGUCAACACCAUUAGAAUCUACCAAUGAGACAAACAUUUCAGAACAAAUAAUGCACGAGUCUGAAAGUAGCAUUAAUAUAUCCGAACAAUUGCAACACAAGCCAGUGGGAUCAAAAGAAUCUCCAAAAAAACAAUCGACAUUACCAAAACAAGGAUCGGGUGUUAGAACUAUCAUAAUUGGACAGCCUACUAUUGAUGUUCAUUUAAGAUCAGAGGGUUCAAGUAAUGUGCUUACAAAUGAUGAUGCUAAUAAAUCUCAAGAAACACCCAAACGUAAAGCGGUCCAGGAUGCUCGCAAAGCAUUGGGAUUUGCUGAUACAUUAAAUCACGAAUUGAAAUUGAAAUUUGACAAGCAGUAUAUUUGUCGUAAGAAAAGGUCUUUGGGGUCUCCGGUUACGUUUGUAGACAUUUCAUUAUCAAUAAAUUGUUUAAAUAAGAUAGAUUGUGGAUUAUGGACAUUGUCAAGAAAAUUAAAUGAUAAUGUUGUGAAUUUAUUAAUCGUACACGGGGAAAGAAUACGCGAAUUGGUUACUUUGCAAACUUUGGUAACUUCAACAGAGUUACUUCCAACAAGAAAAUUAUCAACACCUAUUGAUUUUAAAUUAGAUAUAAUAUCGCACCUAAAAUCACUUUCAUAUGACCAAAUACCAGAUGAAAAUGGAGCCGGUGUUUGGUGGAAUAUGGUCAAUCAAAAAUGUGUUACUGCCAACGGAGUGAAAAUACGAUGGAGGGAAGAUUCUGUAGAAUAUUUUUCAAACUUGAUGCAACAUCUCGCUACCAUUAAUAGCGGAACAAAAGAUGUUUCACUAGCAUCUACAAGAUCAUGGCAAACCAUGAAGAUCCUUGCAAGUGAAGCCAAACAAUUGGUUAAGCAAGAAGACGCAAAGAUUAUGAAACGAGAUGACGAAAUGAGACAUCGAAUUAAAGAAUCUAUCAUAUUCUUAUUACGAAAAAUGCCAAACUUUGGAAAUAGAAUUUCAUAUAUCGAUUUUAAUGAUCAUGAACCGUCACUUGUAAUGGUUGAAAGAAAAGGUGAUGAUGAGAUUUGGUAUAAUGAUCAAAUGGUAGUUAAAUUGUUGUGGAGGUAUAAUGCAGAAUCUGAUGAAAUAACUCAUGAGCAAUAG